AUUGACGGCAAAAAAAAAAAAAAAAUUGACGUCAAACAGAAGAAUCGGAGCUUAAUAAUGGAAGUGACUUGACUCAUGCAAUUUUAAGUUCACAACUCUUGGUUAAUUGACAGGGAACUUAAUGUCGCAACUCGUAACUUCAUGCAAUUUUAGGACUACUUCAGUGCAAAGUAGCUUACAGAAGAUAUGAUUGUUGUCUGAGGCAUACUGGAAGUCUUAAACAUCGGUCUUCUUUUUCGUUUUAUUUGAGACAUGAGUCUGCGAUAUGGUAUCCAGCUUCUGAUGUUAAAUAUGAUGUAAAGAAUUGAAAAAAAUAUCCAACGUAGGUGGCAAAUGGAAGAGAACUAACUACAUGGUCAGUCACUUGUGCAACAAUUUUAUCCAGAGUGGGAAAUGUGAACGAGUUCAAGGAAUUUUUGCUCAUAUGCUAAAGGAUACCUGCAAAUCGGCAAGAAUGGUAGAAAACCGAACUCAUUAGCAAGCAUAUCACGUGAAGUGUUCACGCGAUAAUCAUUAACGCUUUUGUUUUCGAGCAAUUAAGAUGCAUAGAUUCAUUGAAAUCUCAGAAAUUAACUCCAUAAGGAGAAAAAAAUCUGGUUUUCCGAUUGUUGCACCUAAAUAAUCACCCCCUUUUCGCGCAAAUAACACUCUCCUUCAUGCUUUCCUCGUCACUGCCUGCACUUUUAGCCUGCUGGAAAUGGUAGAAAACAUUUCAGUUUUCUGCAGUGGUGUAUAUAAGCAUAUCAGCUGAGAGCUUCAAGACUUUGCUGGUAUCCCUACACUUCCUUCUACAACCUCCUUCCUGAGGUAUGUAUAUCUCUUUUAUAUGAAGUUUUAUAGAGCUUUUCAUCUACAAAACAUAGAAAUGCUAUUGCAUAUUUGUUUUUCACAUGCUUUUAUUGUUGUUCUUUCAUUGUACAAUCCAUAGCAUACUAACAUUUGCUCCCCAGUAGAUCAGUAAGCAGUAUUCCUAUGUUGUAAGAUUGCUGUUUCGUUAAACUAUUUUUCAUUACACUUUUCUCUUUGUUCAUGUACAGAAACCAGUCUACUAAUUGCUUCCUUCAAACAAUGUUGCCAGCAAUUGCUAAUGGUCGCAUGUCAAACAAUGGGAACCCUGCAGAAAACGGUAACGGUGGGAAUCCGGAUAGGCCAGCUUUGAGGAAUUGGAGAAACAAGCUGACUAUCCUUCUUAUUGACGAAUCUGAAAACCACAGGAUUCUGGGGACGGCUUAUCUUACAGCUUAUGGUGUCGAAACUACAUCUGUGACUGAUGGACGGGCUGCUUUGGAGCUCAUAUUUUCUGGUGCUAGGUUCAGUUUGAUCCUCAUUGACAUGCAUAUGCGCUAUAUGAGUGGUGCACAGUGUGUGAGUCACCUUCGAACCAUGGGAGUGAGGUCCCUGAUGCUCGGUAUGACAACUUUUUGUAGAGAAAGAGAGGAACGGGCAUUUCUGGAAGCAGGGGGUAAUGGCUUCAUUCCAAAGCCUCUUAGUCCUGAUAACUUUCUUCAAGUCCUGGAAGCGCUGGAUAACAACCAGGGAUGAAAAGCCAGGCUGCUCCAGCCUAAAUCAAGGACUUUUUUAUUUAUUUUCAUGUCUUAGUUGUUGUGCCCUUGUACUUUGUUUUUAAUAUUUCAAUAAAAUGGAUUUCUCUAUAUCUUUGCAGUAGUGUUUCUAUCCCAUUGCUGGCUUCUUUCAUUUUUGUGUGAA